CUCCUCGCGCACCUACCAGGUGGUGCUGGGUGAGUACGACCUGGAUGCUAGGGAGGGCCCCGAGCAGCGUGUCCCCGUGGCCUCCACCGACAUCUUCGUGCACCCCAAAUGGAAGAGCUCCUGUGUGGCCUGCGGCAAUGACAUCGCCCUGCUGAAGCUGCAGCGCCCGGCCAUGCUGGAUGCCCAGGUGCAGGGGGGCGAGCGGCCGCCCCCAGACACCGUCCUGCCUGAUGGGUACCCCUGCUACCUCAGCGGAUGGGGGCGGCUGUCCAGUGCGUACUGGCAUGGGGGCGACUCGGGGGGCCCCCUGAACUGCCAGGCGGCUGACGGGCACUGGGAGGUGCACGGCAUCGCCAGCUUCGUCUCGGGGCUGGGCUGCAAUGCACUCAAGAAGCCGACGGUCUUCACCCGCGUCUCUGCCUUCGAGGACUGGAUCGAUGAG